AUGGGACAAGACGCAUCUAUACCAGGACAGAACAAGAAGAAAGGGGACAAGAAAAAACAGGAGAAGCCCAAAUAUGAACCACCUGCGCAAAGCAGAACAUUUGGUAGGAAGAAGAGAAGGAAUAUGUCUGAUAAGAAUGUUAAACUACCCAACGUUUUACCGAAUACGAGAUGUAAACUUAAGCUUCUCAGGUUAGAAAGAAUUAAAGAUCAUUUAUUAUUGGAGGAAGAAUUUGUGACGAAUCAAGAAUUAUUACAACCAACUGAACAGAGACAGGCCGAGGAAAGAGAGAAAAUCGACGAUGUUAGAGGAUUUCCUAUGACUGUUGGUACAUUGGAAGAAAUAAUAGACGAUGACCAUGCCAUUGUUUCCUCGUCAAGUGGGCCUGAGUAUUAUGUGUCGAUUCUUUCAUUUGUUGAUAAGUCUCUUCUUGAACCGGGAUGCCAAGUUUUAUUACACCAUAAAACUGUUAGUAUAGUUGGUAUUUUGCAGGACGAGGCCGAUCCAAUGGUCAAUGUUAUGAAGAUGGAUAAGGCACCAACCGAGAGUUACUCUGAUAUUGGUGGUUUGGAGAGUCAAAUCCAAGAAAUCAAAGAAGCCGUUGAAUUACCACUAACACAUCCUGAAUUAUACGAAGAGAUGGGUAUUAAGCCACCUAAAGGUGUUAUCCUUUAUGGUGCUCCAGGUACCGGUAAGACUUUACUGGCUAAAGCUGUUGCUAACCAGACCAGUGCGUCAUUCUUGAGGAUCGUUGGAUCUGAGUUGAUCCAAAAAUAUCUAGGUGAUGGUCCAAGACUAGUCAGGCAGCUAUUCAAAACAGCUAGUGAAAAUGCGCCAUCUAUUGUCUUCAUUGAUGAAAUCGAUGCAAUUGGUACUAAGCGUUACGAUUCUACAUCUGGAGGUGAAAGAGAAGUGCAAAGAACUAUGUUGGAACUAUUGAACCAACUAGACGGUUUUGAUGAUAGGGGAGAUGUUAAAGUUAUUAUGGCGACAAAUAAGAUAGAAACCCUAGACCCAGCAUUAAUUAGACCUGGUAGAAUUGAUCGUAAGAUUCUAUUCGAGAACCCAGAUCCUUCUACAAAGAAGAAGAUUCUUCAGAUCCACACAUCCAAGAUGAGUAUGGCACCUGAUGUCAACUUGGAUGAUAUCGUGAGCUCCAAGGAUGACUUGAGUGGUGCAGAUAUCAAGGCUAUAUGUACCGAAGCGGGUUUAUUGGCCUUGAGAGAGAGGAGAAUGCAAGUUAUUGCUGAGGAUUUCAAACAAGCCAAGGAAAGAGUGUUGAAGAACAAGAUCGAGGAAAACCUCGAGGGAUUGUACUUGUAA